AUGCCGGGUUUUACAGGAUUGUCACUGGUGAUCUGGGUUUUGGAAUCUGUGCUGUAUAUUUUCGACGCUGAACUCUCGCAGGUCUUUGAUUUUCCAAUCUUCACAUCCGGUGUGACGAACUACUUCUUACCGUGGCUUGGUCUGACGGCGCAACUACCGUACGAGACGGGUUCCAUAUCUGGGAACUUUGAAAGUUUUUGCCUCGCGGUCGGGAGCCCGAUGUUGAGUACUUUCUCUCUUAUGUCGACAGCUCUGAAUGCGCAUUCAACAUCAAUAACAUUCGCGGCCAAAUUCGGUAACGGUAAAACAACAUCACAUUUGAAAGAAGCAACGGAAUCGGCUAGAUACUUCCUUUGCAGCUCUCAGCAGUCUCCCAUCAGAAUAAAUGAGGAUCAGUUCCGACGACUGUUUGAGGAAGAACCAAAUGGGCUAAGCGAUCGAUGGCUACCUCUCGAACAACGUCUCCGCAACACUCGCCGGCAGUACACCUUUUCCCUCUUUGCGCAGACCUUUUUUGCAGUCGUUGCUUGGGUCUUGACCAUCAUUGGAUCGUACGUUACAUCGCUUGGUCAACAUUCUGAAGCUCUUCUGCUCUCCUCUGGCACGCUUUGGACAUGGCUAGUUCCCAUAGUCUUGGGUUGGAUGGCUGGCGAGAUAAUACGUGGAGAAUCUGCCCGACUAAGAGCACUGGAAGCGAGUUCUGGCUUCAUAAACCCGCCAUCGACGAGAGUACAUGAGGCCUUUUGGGGUAAAGUGCAAGGGGAUGAAGCAUGCCAGGGCCCCGCUUACAAUUAUGCACGUAUCUUGACCUAUCCAAAGCUACGACAUAGGAUUGUCGACGCCUUCGUAGCGAAGCGCGAUUCAGUGCAGGCACAGAGAGCUCAAGCAGACCCUUCUGAGCCUGUACAAGGGCCUCGGCGCAACAACACGAACCUGGCCGAAGCCGCCCUACCUCCCAAUCAUGAUAAGCCAUACAUGGAUUGGAAGGAUGUUGUAGCGAGCUCCGACUGGAAGUGGAACUUCAUGACCUCCAACGCUAUCGCCGUGUUUCUUCAGUGGGGUGUCACUGGGUCUGCCAUCGUCAUAUCGUACCUGACGGAAGUGCGCGGUCUCGGCUGUCGCUCUGGGAGUUACCUGUUGUACGGACUUCUUGCUACUUUUGCGCAUGUCCUUCUACUGACAUCAGUCUUUCUGUCGCAUCACGUGAUGCUUUUAUAUCAGAGAGAACGACCAGUCGACGCAACACGUGCAACGUACGAAACUCCCCGCAGUACCCAGAUCAAAUGGGUUGGCAGACUCGCCGUGCUUACGCGUUUCUUCGGUAAAUCCGUUGCUGUUAUCAACGCCAUCUGGAUCAUUUUGAGUUCCAUAUUCGAAUUGAUCGGUUUCUAUGAAAGCUGUUGGUGUACUGGAACCGUCUUGGGGCUGGGUAACAAGGCUUGGGUCGUUCUCUUUGUUAGUGGUGACAAAAUGAGAGAGGAUGCUGAGGCAUCCUGGAUUGGUGGACUUGCUAUGAGCCUGUUCACAAUGAUCUUUACGUACCUUGUUUCGAAAGCGUAUUCCUAG